AAAAAUACAGUUCUUGUCGCUCACAUAUCGUUGCUAUUGAAUACAUCGUCCUGAUAACUUUCUUUAACAGACUUCGUUCGCCGCCGCGAAUGCGAUUCGAUUGCGUCGAGCGACACAUCGCUCGGUUCUUCUUCAGAUAUGGCCACUAUAUGGCACACAAUCCGUUGCCAUUCGUUGUUUUUCCUGUACUGUUCACACUUGCCAUGUCCUCAGGUUUUCUGCACAUGAAUAUGGUCACCGACGCAAUCUAUUUGUUUACACCGGUGGGAGCUCGCAGCAAAAUGGAGCGUAACUCGAUUCAUGAAAAGUGGCCAUUAACUGACAAUAACUACAUCGCUGGCAGAGCUGUGACCCAAAAUCGAGAAAUACAGGUGACGGCUUUAGCUCGCGACGGUGGCAACAUCCUUGAACCGCAAUAUGCUGAAGCCGUUUUCCGGCUUGAUCGAUACAUACAAAAGAGGGUGCGAGUGUUGUACAAGCACCAUUACUAUUCUUAUCAUGACUUAUGCCUCCAGUAUAAAGGUGGAGGCUGUCCCGGUAACAAGCAUAUUCAUGCACUAUCUGAUCUAUAUAACCAUGGCUUCAACAUAACAUUUCCAUAUUUUCGCUUCGGGACAGAAGGUGGAUAUCUUGGAGGAGCGUUGGGUGGAGUCACACUCAUGAAAACGGAGAACGGAACGAAUAUACUGGCUGGAGCCAGAGCAUGGUUCCUUAUCUACCACUUGAAAUUUUAUCCUACGGAGACAAGUUACAUAUCUGGACUUUGGGAAAAUGAAUUCGGUCGCCAUAUGGCUGCAUACCCAGAAGAUCCGUACAUCAAAAUCACCUACUUCCAUUCACAAACCCUAGCUGAUGAGCUUAACAGAAAUGCUGAUUCUUUGACACCUCGAUUUAUCAUUGCCAUCGCGCUGUUGGUCAUCUUUUCGAUGCUCUGUUCCAUUGCGUUCAUCGACAGAACCCACUACAUCGACUGGGUGCUGAGUAAACCGAUCCUAGCUGUGCUGGGUGUUAUCAAUGCUGGAAUGGGGAUAUUGACUUCGAUGGGGAUGCUGAUGCUAUUCGGAAUGCCAUACAGUGAAAUAGUAGCAGUCAUGCCGUUCUUGGUAGUAGCUGUGGGCACAGACAACAUGUUUCUGAUGGUGGCUGCUAUCCGACGGACAUCUCGAUCACUUCCGGUAGCUGAACGAAUGGGCGAAUGCAUGUCCGAUGCAGCCGUGUCCAUGCUCAUAACAUCAACUACUGACGCUUUCUCAUUUGGAGUCGGUGCCAUCACCUCACUGCCAGCUGUACACAUUUUCUGCGUUUAUACUGGUGUGGCUAUAUUCUUUGCUUUCAUUUACCAGAUCACAUUCUUUGCCGCCUUGCUGGCAAUGUUCACUAAGGUGGAGGAGGCAGGACGAAACAGUGUUGUAGGAAUCCGUGCUCUACCAGAUACGGAAAUGAAGGUAGCUACAUGUUCACAACGCUAUUUUAACCUUGGUUCCGUACCAGAUGCUCUAAAUGGGACCGACGUCAAGGAAGCUGCUAUUACCGUAUUCUUUAGAGACUGGUAUGCCCCUCUUUUGAUGAACAAAAUUGUUCGCAUCAUUGCAAUGGUUUGGUACAUAAUCUACCUCUGUUUUGCCUACUAUGGAAUUACUCAAGUCCAGGAAGGCCUUGAACCGGUAAACUUACUUGUGGAAGACUCGUAUGCGAUACCGCAUUACAAACUGCUGCAAAAAUAUUUCUGGAAGUACGGUGCCACUCUGCAGCUCAUGCUCCUUUUCCAUGUGGUUGUGAAUAAUGCCCCGGACCUUCGCAAUCCGGCAGCACGCGAACGAAUUCAUGCAAUGGUUGGGGACUUCGCAACAACACGACAUUCCAUUGGCAAGGAGGGAGUGCAGUUCUGGAUGAACGACAUGGAAUCAUAUUAUCGCGACAAUCUCGACAUGAAAAUUAUCGAUCCAGCAUUCUACAGUAUGCUACGACACUGGCUGGCUUCCAAGCACAAUAAUCCUUGGGCUGAGGAUUUGUACUGGGGAGAGGAUACUGAUGGCAACGCCACGCUCAAGAGCUUUCGAUUCCUUAUUGGAAUGCGGGAUCUAGAUGAGACGCGGCUACAAACUGAUGCGACACUGAUGUUCAGAGAGGUGUCAGACCGUUGGCCAGAGUUUAACAUCACUACCUUCAUGCCCCUAUGGUUGUUCACCGAUCAGUUCGCAAUCAUCGUACCAAAUACGGUACAAAAUAUCAUAAUCGCCUUGGCAUGCAUGGUGCUCAUCGCAUUCCUUCUAAUUCCGCAACCAAUGUGCGCCUUUUGGGUUGCGUUAGCAUGUGGUUCGAUCGACUUCGGUGUUGUUGGCUACAUGACCCUUUGGGGUGUAAACUUGGAUGCCAUUUCAAUGAUCACCAUCAUCAUGUCGAUUGGAUUCUCUGUCGAUUACUCAGCUCAUAUCACCUACGGAUAUGUCGUUUCGGAAGCUGCUCUUCCAACCGACAAAAUCAGAGAUGCACUUUCUGCGCUUGGGUGGCCGCUUUGUCAGGGAGCGAUGUCUACAAUCAUAGCCGUUGCUGUUCUGGCUGAUGUGCCCGCUUACAUGAUUGUCACCUUCUUUAAGACGGUGCUUCUUGCAAUAACUAUUGGACUCGUCCACGGUCUUGUGUUCUUACCGGUGCUUCUUUCGACUUUUGUACGAGGAUGCUCAGUUGUGGGGUGUCAGUUGACUACAAAUGGAGGGAGGAGAGAGUGUCAGAAAUCAGAAAGAAGUUUCGUUAAGGAACACGUCAGCGAAAGGACAAACCAAGAUAGUGCAAUAUUAGAAGACGGAUUGCAACGAUGGACACCAGCCGGCGUACAUUGCAUUUCUACUCCAUCGAUACGUAUUUUCGAAUCCCCGAACAGUUAUAUCUCCACACCCCCUUCAGAGCAAAACUCUGGCCACAGUGUAGUGCAUAAUCGUUCGCGAACUUCGAUGAAAUCCCCUGAUCAUGUAGAAUAA